AUGUGGACUCAGGGUGGCACUCUGCUGCUCUUGUCUGCCUGCUGCUGCUUUUGUCUGGCUGAGGCUCAGAGCAACAGAAACAGGACACAGAGCAUCCGGGAUGAUCCCGUCAAGUUCAAAACCAAAGCCAAGGAUUUGUGCACCAUGAUUAUCACCGGUCAGGAGCAAAUCACGAGGCUUCGGCUCUCAUGUCAGAGCAACAGUCGCUCAUACUGGUGUGACUACAUGGGGAAGCCCAGUGCUUGCCGCUCCUACAACAAAAAUCCUCGUCACUACUUUGUCCAGAUGAUGUGGAGUCUAAGAAAACUCCACAAUGCCUGCCUGGGGCUGAGGAUGAUCAAGCCUCAAAUGUGCAAAAAAGCAACUGAUGAAUCCCAGAUGGUUUUCUCGUCAGCUUCCUUUUCCCGGACGAAGCUGGAGGCUUCAAGGAUGAGAUCAAGACUGCCAGCAAAGUCCGAAAUCAGACCAGCACCUACGAGGCCUGAAUCAGUGACCUCAUCAGUGUCCAGUCAAGUUUCCUCAGGAGCACAGAGCACACAAGGAUCCAGUCCCCAGCCGACAGCAACAGCUGAGGAGAGCAAUGCCAAGAAGAUGGCUCAGCAGUACUGCUGGAGAUCACUGCAAGGCAUCUGUGCCUACUUCAUUGCCUGGUUUAGGAAUUAGCCAGGAAGGUUUCUAAUUUGGAAGGACGUACGUCUGAACAAGUGGCCGUUGGAAAAGUCAGCAGUUGGUCAGUCAGCGGUGGAACUGUAGCGCCCUCUGUGGGUGAAGGAAGAUAGUAUAUCCUUCAAUCCAGGCUCAAGCACAGAACAAGCAAGUGGAAUGUC